AUGGAUCGGUGCUCUGAUACCAGACAGUCCCUCAAACAAGCAAAAUGGAAAUUCUUUAUUGACAUUCAUCAUCCCCACAGAGCGAUUGUUGCUAUCCAGAAGGAACUUCACAAACCCGAAUCUGAUCGUUCUGGUAUUCAUCUCGAGUUCGACAUUUCAGGGACUGGUAUUACAUAUGAAACAGGAGACCACAUCAGUGUUUAUGCUGAAAAUCAUGUUGAAACUGUUGAAGAAGCUGGAAAGUUGCUCUGCCAAUCACUAGAUUUACUAUUUUCUGUACAUGCUGAAAAGGAAGAUGGGUCACCAAUGGGAAGCUCAUUGCCACCUCCUUUUCCUGGUCCCUGCACACUUCGUACUGCUUUGGCACGUUAUGCAGAUCUCUUGAACCCUCCUCGAAAGGCUGCUGUGAUUGCCUUGGCAGCAUAUGCUACUGAACCGAAUGAAGCUGAGAAACUUAAACACUUAACAUCUCCUGGUGGAAAGGAUGAAUACUCACAAUGGAUCGUUGCAAAUCAAAGAAGCCUUCUGGAUGUUAUGGCUGCAUUUCCAUCUGCAAAACCACCAUUAGGUGUAUUUUUCGUUGCAAUAGCUCCUCGUCUACAACCUCGUUACUAUUCUAUCUCGUCCUCACCAAGAUUUGCACCCAAUAGUGUUCAUGUUACUUGUGCCCUAGUCCAUGGUCCAACUCCUACUGGUAGAAUUCACAAGGGUGUGUGUUCAACGUGGAUGAAGAAUGCAACACCUAUGGAGAAAAGUAGUUACUGUAGUGCAGCCCCAAUCUUUAUUCGGACGUCGAAUUUUAAGUUACCAUCAAAUCCUUUAACUCCAAUUGUUAUGGUGGGACCUGGGACUGGCUUGGCACCUUUUCGUGGUUUCCUACAGGAAAGGAUGGCACUGAAAGAAAAUGGAGUUCAACUAGGUCCAUCUCUACUCUUCUUUGGUUGUAGAAACCGACGAAUGGACUUCAUUUAUGAGGAUGAACUCUAUAAUUUUGCUGAUCAAGGUGCCCUCUCUGAGCUAAUCGUAGCGUUCUCUCGGGAGGGCCCACAUAAAGAGUACGUUCAACAUAAGAUGGUAGAAAAAGCAGCAGAAGUUUGGAAGCUAACAAAGGAAGGAUACCUCUAUGUGUGUGGUGAUGCCAAGGGUAUGGCUAGAGAUGUCCACCGGACUAUGCACACCAUUGUUCAGGAGCAGGAGGGGGUGAGUUCAUCAGAGGCAGAAGCUAUCGUCAAGAAACUUCAAACGGAAGGACGAUACCUCUUCAGCAGAGCUUCUUUGGCUGAUCGAUUUAUCUUAUUCUGGAUAAGAUCAUCUGAUUUUUUUUUGCAGGGAAAACAAGAGAAGAGGAAAAACUGCGGACAACACUUUCUAGACAUCUGUCUCGGUGGAAGGAUUGGGAGAACUACCGGCUAUUCUGAAAGCGAAAUGUCACCCAGAACUCGAGAAUUUCUUCUAAGAGCGUGUCGAUAUGUUCCCGUAUCUUUUCCUGCACUGGUGAAAUCUGAUGGGGAACCUAAACAACUCGUUUUGGUUUUACUUCAUCGCCCUUUCCUUUUGGAGUGCGUUUUUUCCAGGUCUUCAUGCUCCUGCAUCAUACCUGGGGGAUGGAACUCGUCAACCGACUAUUGCUUUCACGCUGCCCUUCGGGGUUCAUCUAACGGCUUUCUGACCGGUUUCUCUCUGUUUGCUCGUUCUUUAAGACCGAAGAGUACUCGUCAAGCAGAUCUUUCUCCGUGUCCCCUGACCGAGCUGUCAAGAUCUGCCCGAAUCAGGAUCGAUCCUCAUCCUCGGGCUUGAACUUUACGGACAAGAUCCAAGGAGUCCCUGUUCUGUUCCAACAGUGGAGGAGCAUGAAGAUGACGACACGUUGGUGUCUUUGGAACAGAUAAAAUUUGUCAGAGCUUAUAUAUAUAGAUCUAAGUGACAAACCGAUUCGUUGUUUCUAGAAUAAAAAGCAUGCUUAAAAAUAAUUUUUUUUUAUAAACUUCCAAUA